AGAGAAGGAGGAGAGAGAGGUGAUGCCGGAAGGUCCGGCACGGUGUAGCCGGCGACGGAAGCGGCGGCGACCGCGGUGGCGGCCGGCGGAAGUGGCAAAUGGCCGACGGGGGAAGAAGACCAAGAGCAUUCUCGGUUUGGUCCAGAAUAGAUUAUCUAAGAAAAUAAAAACAAGGAGAAGGGGAGCUCGCCAGCGAGUCGACGGAGGGGAGGAUCUCGGCCGAGGGUGGCUCGGUCCGGCGGUCAAGCGGCGGAGGCGGCGGCGCUUCCGGCGACGAGGGGAAAUCAAAGAAAACAGGGCACUCGGACGGCGUAGAGCGAGAAGAGGGAGUUUUGGGCGGCGGUUCUCGGUCGGGAUGGCACGCCCACCACCGGUGAAGGAGGAGGAGGGAGGUGAAGGGGCGGCGGUGGAUCGAUGGGGCUGGAGUCGGCUGCGACUGCCGACUUCAGCCCAUUCGGGCCCUAUUCUGACUUUGCUAGUAGCCUUCUCUUUGGUUGGACGAGUGCCUGUGUUCUUGUGAUCUCUACUUGUAACUGAACGCUACUGCAUCCGCAUCAACAGAACGCUCUUUUCCACUUUUAGGUUGGUGUCCUAAUUGUGCACUUUCAGCUAUCACACUUGGGCUAUUAUCAACUACAAGGUUAUCCCGCUUCCAAAAUAACAUUAUGCUGUGAAACUAGCUCAACACUAAUGAUUUCAGUUGUAGAAAAUUGCACUUUAACAUCUUCUUUUCGAUGAACUUGAUUAGAUACAUGAGUCUGAACAUUUUCUAUUUCAUGAACUUGGACAAAAUCACCUUUUUUGGGAAGGUAAUGCUGAGAUUUCUAUCUUUUCCUCAUUGAAAAUUAACUACUUCUCUAACCAACAGAUUAGGUUGGAAGACUCCUUGUUGAGAUGAUAUGGUCAUCGUAGAAUGAAGAUGAAAGAGAAGCACAUGCUCUGGUAACAUACUGAUAGUGUAGAAUUAAAACGAACACAGAUCCAAUCUUGUUUAAUAAGGAAAGAAAAUACCCAUGUUGAAUGAUCUUAUUUGUAAAAUAAUCAGCAAAGAUCGGAAUUGAGUUAUAUAGAUGCAGAUACCGACCAGAUGAUUUUAGCUUUGCCUGUCACUUGAAUGAAUCGAUGUCCAUAGGUCAGUGUUAUCAGGCAUCACCAAUGAAACGGAGAAUAUUCAAUAAACAACAUUAAUGCAUCGUCAUAUCUUUGAUCAUAUGCUAAUCAUUUUUUUUGACUCUUUGAGUUUGGUUAUUACUCUAGAAUAUUGCAACUGAAGUAUAUUUGUUUCUUCAGAGUUUAUAAGCUUUGUUUGUUCAUAGAUGCAUUCAAUUUUAUGCUUGCAUUCAUUUAAAUAUCUCAAGACACGGUUUAAGAUUCAAAGACUCUCCAUGGAGUCUAAAUGUCACCAAUGCACCACAGUAAGGAAUCUAUGCUGAGGAAACUACUUGAAGCAUUACAAGGCAGAAGAGUGUAAAUCUGUAAUACCGAGGGGCCACAUAUUGAAGGUGCCAAUGAAGAUGCCAAAAUAAAUAAAUAAAUAAAUAAAGUUGAAUGCUGUGAUAACCUGGAAAAAAAACCACCUCUUGAAUUAACAGACAGUUAAUAAGUACAUUAUAUAUUGAUAAGAAUGCAGAGGGCAUGCUACGUACAAGUGGAUCUUUGAACAUGCAGAACCUUUUGAGAAGAAAAAUGUUUUUGUUCUGUUUAAGUAUCAAAUGGUAGCUGAUGUCAUGAUGAUGUUUCUUACCUAGUUUGUUGUAUUCAGGGUGUACGGCAAGAUAAUUUGGUCCAAGUCUUUCUUCUUAUACAAAUUUACUCUGACAAACUACAUAAUAAUAUAAAUUUAAAAUCUUGAGAAUAGAAGUUCAUCAGCUAAUCACUGACAUGUGAAGGAAAAAGCAAAAGACAAUGCUGAUUUAGUUGAAAAAUAGCAAGAGAAAAGGUCUGCACAUACGAGGGACAACAUUUUCUACUGACAUGUGUCACUCCAUUGAGACUUUGUGUAUCAACGACAUGUCUAUAGGUUUUCUAAAGAUAAAUUAACUGCUACAUUCUGUUUUGAGUCCUUUUUCCUUUGUCAUGUACUGUUUAGUGAGUUUGAGGAAAGUGAUAUACAAGUCACUUAACUGGAUUAUUAUCAUUUCAACAGUUUUUUUUUUCUUUUUUCUUUCACUCAAUGUGAUUUUUACACCGAUUCUCUGAUAGGUAUACCAAACUAAAAUAUUCGUGCUGAUAAUGUUCUGUCGUCUUUUUUCCUGAAAAAAUUGAAAAUUUUUGACCAUAUCUCUUGUGUUGUUAUAAUCCAAUGUCAAUUAAUUUGGGUUUCCUUUUCCUUUUAUGCGCAUAUGGGCAGCAUCGAAAUGCAUAUUUAUGUUGAAUCAGUUACAAUAUGAUGCCCACACGCAUUAAUUUGUUCUUGUGUGCCGACACUAAAUCGAUGUUCCACAUUUGAAUAUUCUAACCAGUGUGAAACAAGAAUAUCUGGAGAUCCAAACGCUUAAGCGUCUAUCUCAUCACCCUCCUUUAAAUGAUUUUUCUGGAAUGCUAACUUUGAUCUCCCUUGGUCAACAAAGGAUAGAUUAACAGCAAUUCAAACUGAGGUCAUGCAAUCCACCUAACUUCCAAUGGAAUGUUUCCUACCUACAAGUCUCUCGUGACAUCUUACACUGUACCUUAAUCAAGAAAAUUUUGGAAGUGGAUGAGGUAUGGUCAUAAUGAUAGAUUGGCGGCCGACGACCACACGCUUAUACAAAAAGUCGUCAAAUUCUUGAGGCGGCCAUGGAGGACGUAGUUGAUAGUUUACUUGGACCAGAACUCCAGAAGUAUGACUGAUGAAUUAUUUUUCUAUAAAAGCACAUUCUGAUAUGCAGAAUUCUAUCAGUACAUAAUUGAAAGUUCUUAGAGGCACACUGUUUGUGUUGAGAAUUUCCAUCCUAAUUCAUACUUACAAAGUAGUCUUGAUGGAAAAAUCAAAAUCCAACAUCAAUCUAAUACAGGCCCCAACGUAUGGGAAUCUGAUAACCAUUCUAAGCAUUGAUGGAGGAGGAAUUAGAGGAAUUAUUCCUGCUGUCAUCCUCAGCUUCUUAGAGUCGGAACUUCAGAAACUUGAUGGCGAGGAUGCAAGGAUUGCCGACUAUUUUGAUGUGAUUGCAGGAACGAGCACCGGUGGUCUUGUGACAGCAAUGUUAACUGCACCAGAUGAAGAUAAUCGCCCACUCUUCGCAGCAAAAGACAUAGAAUCCUUCUACCUAGCAGAAAGCCCAAAAAUAUUUCCACAAUAUGGAGGAAUUUUGGCUCCAAUAACGAGAAUGGUUAGAGCUCUAUGGGGUCCCAGGUACAAUGGAAAAUAUCUUCAUAAACUUAUCAGGGAAAAUCUGGGAAGCAUGCGACUGCACCAAACCUUAACUAACGUGGUUAUUCCAACUUUUGACAUCAAGCGGCUCCACCCUACCAUUUUCUCCAGCUAUGAGGUGAAGCGUAAGAGCAUUCUGAAUGCACAGCUCUCGGACAUCUGCAUUGGAACUACUGCAGCACCCACGUACCUCCCAGCCCAUUACUUUGAAACCAAGGAUGCCAAAGGGAACGUGAGAGAGUUCCACCUUAUUGAUGGAGGAGUUGCUGCUAAUAAUCCAGCAUUGAUUGCGAUUCGAGAAGUAACGAAGGAGGUGCACAAAGGGAACCCAGAUUACUUCCCCUACAGACCUAUGGACUAUCGCAAACUUCUACUUAUAUCAUUAGGAACCGGUUCAGCAAAGGUUGAAGAAAGGUACACAGCAAAACGUGCUAGCAAAUGGGGAGUUCUGGGGUGGUUGCUGAGUGGCGGAUCCACGCCAUUGGUGGAUGUGUUUAUGCAAUCAAGUGCUGAUAUGGUUGACAUACACAUUUCAGUGGUCUUUCAGGCCCUCCGGUCUGAAUCAAAUUAUCUUCGGAUUGAGGAUGAUACUUUGAACGGGACUGUAUCUUCUGUUGAUGUCUCCACGAAGGACAACUUACAGGAUCUCGUUAAGAGGGGUGAGCAGUUGUUGAAGAAACCAGUCUCAAGGGUGAACCUGGAGACUGGUGUAUUUGAAACAGUAGGGAAUGGAGAAGGAACAAACAAAGAUGCUCUUAGAAGGUUUGCUAAACUCCUUUCACAUGAAAGAGGACUCCGUGAGUCAAGAUCCCCGCAUGUGAAAAUGCCCAGAAAACAUUAAUGUGCGUCGCUCGGUGUAACUCCAUGAAAUUUUUCCUUUCUUGACGGGAGAAGAAGCCAAUUGUACACUGUAUGCAAGCAAUAUACGAAUUCAUAUAUGGUGGAUGAAGUUAAUUCAUGCAAUUCAAGAAAUAAUAGCAUUGUGACACUGCAGGCAAAUUUGCCAGAAGGAAAGUUCUGUAGAUUAGUACAUUUUAAAAAGGCAAUAUAAUUCAUUCAUUCUAUUCUAAAAGUCCUGUGUAAGUAU